AUGAAGGACAAAGACCCAGAGCACUUCUUUAAAAUAACAAGUAUGUCUCCUAACGCAUUUGAGAUACUCCGCGCUCUUAUUGAACCACAUCUGGAGAAGACUUGUUGGAGAAAACCUAUUGAACCAAGUGCACGACUUUUCUUAACUUUGUUGUAUUUAUCCCAAGGAGUUCGUAUGGGAUAUUCAACAGUUGCAAACAUCAUUUACGAAACAGCCGAUAUUCUUUGGACCUGCCUUAUGUCCUUCUAUUUAUCACCACCAACAGAAAGUGAUUGGAAGCGCAUUUCUCAUGACUUCCAAAAUUUGUGGAAUUUACCCAAUUGUGUUGGAGCUAUUGAUGGCAAACACAUCAAUAUUCAGUGCCCACCAGGAGCUGGUUCGGAGUACUACAAUUAUAAGGGACACCAUUCGAUAGUUCUUCUGGCCACUUGCGACGCCAAUUAUACUUUUGUCGCAGUUGACAUCGGUGCGUACGGAAGUCAAAGUGAUGGUGGAGUGUUUGCAGACUCAUCUUUUGGUAGAAGGGUUUUAACUGGUCGAAUAAACUUCCCUCCUCCCAGUCGUCUUCCGAAUUCCAAUUAUACCUGCAACCAUUACAUGGUAGGUGAUCCAGCUUUUCCCUUGAAACCAUAUUUGAUGCGGCCAUACCCUGGAAAACUACUCACGAUUGAAAAACAUAAUUUUAAUAAAAGGCUUUCUCGAGCUCGGAGAGUUAUUGAGAAUGCCUUUGGAAUACUAGUCGCGAAGUGGAGAAUUUUAAGUACAACACUUAAUAUGUUGCCUACAAAUGCAGACAAAAUCGUAAAGGCCAGUGUAGUGCUGCAUAAUUUUGUCAAGCUAAACGAUUCAGCAUACAUAACUCCAGACUUUGUCGAUCGCUACGAUGAAAACGAUGUCCUCAUCGAAGGUCUCUGGCGAAGGGAAGUAGGACCACUUACGAAAUGCAGGUCGAUUGGAUCGCACAACUCUUCUCAACUUGCGUUUGCGAUGCGAGAUAAAUUAAUGGAGUAUCUAAAUAACAUCCAAAUUUAAAAACGAUUUCUUCAAAUAAAAAAAAAGAUCUUUGAAUGCUUAACAUUUUAUUCAGUCUUUUUAUUAUUAUUAUAAGGAAUUAUGGUACAUACAAAUAACAAAAAUGAUAAUUUAAUUACAACAAUUUAACAAUUCAAACAACAAAAAAAAAAACAAAGUUAUCACAUAAACAGUAAAUAAUAACAUAAAUAAAAAAAUAACAUAAUUAAAACAAAAAAACAUCAUUCCAACUGCUUUAGCAAUUCCUCGUUGAUAUCCGCUAAUAUUUUGGCGUGCAGACGCAUACGCACUGCUUCACUCAGCGGUUUCAUGCGCUUUGCCAUGUUAAGCAUGAACUCCUCGUCCAAAUCGUGCGCAGGAGCGGGUGCUGAGCUCAAAUGGGCUGAGACAGUCGCAUUCAACCCUCCAAGAAAGGAUUUAAAAUCCUCUUCGGCCCUUCUCUUUGUGCAUCUCGCUCUCUUUGGACUUUGGAGUGAUGUCGUUGCCGUCGUCAUCGUCAUUUCCAAAACUAAAAUCAUCCGCGCUAAUUGGCGACGGCAACUCUGCAGCAAACUCAACUGAAGCAGUUUGCUGGUAGGUCCCUAA